AUGGACCCAACUUCUUUUGACCUCGAUCAUGACGACUUGGCUGCGGAGUUAGAAUCAUUCUCAGGCCAGGACUCACGCCUCGAUAGGCCAAGUGACUGGCCGAGAUGGAUACGAUAUAUUGAGAAGCAGGCAAAGCGUUACAACAUCUGGGAAUUGUGUGAUCCCACAGUAAAAUUGGGAGAUCUGCCACAGACAGGAUGGAAAACACGGUAUCCUCGGUCACGUCCCUCAUCAGUGUACUCGGAAGAAAUCUGGCACUACGAGUUUAUUGGACAUGUUGACCCCGAAAUACAGACUAAAAUGAUAUUACUAAAUCUGGAUCUUCUUUCAACCCACAUAUGGCUCUCACUGUCACGAGACUACCAGAAAUAUGUUUUUGGGAAAUGGCAGGACAAGUCUACAAGACCCUGGACUUAUUUGACGUUACUUCAAGCUACUAUGGAGCCACAAGUCCCAAGAGUCGAUGAACGUUUUCCUCAGGAUAACAUGUUUGUGUUGGAAGAUGAAUGGGGGAAGCUUCGAGACCUAGCAAAAUCUGGAUCCACCAUCGACUACGCCGCUCAGUGGAAGAUAUUUUUCGGAAGAUGCCUUGAGCUAAAGGCGACGCAGAGGUCUGAAGAAUCGGCCUUUAUCGAAGCCACUAUGGAUCUGCAGGACAAUACAAAGUCUUGGAAACCCUUGACUUCCCAGUCGUGGAUCAGAUAUCCAUAUUGCGGUGGUCCGCUUACCCAGAGCGAUUUGAGCAAACCGCCUGAGAUGGAUGUGCAAUGGCGGCGAAACCUUCAAGAAACUCUGACGUCGUGUGAAGAGAGCAUGAAAAGGAAUCAGGAGCUGGAGAGUAAUGAGGGAAAUGAACAGAGAAUAGAAAGGGGAGAAGACUCCGAUGGAAGCGAAGAUGACGAAGACUAUAGGAUAUGCCCCGAUUGGGAACUCGUCUAG